AUCAGUUGUAUGUGAAGUCUCCACGUGUUUGGAAUCGUUUCAAAAACAUUUGCAAAAAUAAACCCGAAAUGGCGAAACCUUAUACAGAUGACAUUGUGGUGCGCCAGGUGGCCGUCGGAGAAACGGAGGAACUGAUGACCUUCCUGCUGGCCUACUAUUACCCCGAGGAACCGCUGACGGCGGGCACACAACCUCCAGAGCCGGAGGCGGCGGACAAGGAGUUCCUGCUAUCCAAUGUUCCCUUUGGCACAUGCUUCGUGGCGCUGCACGAAGGCCGGAUUGUGGCCGCCGUGGUGGCGGGGCCAAAGGACUCGCACGAACCGGAGCACAUGGCCGAGGAGGCCAGAAAAUAUGCCGGCGGGAAGUGGGGUAGCAUUCUGCACCUGCUCUCCGCCGUGGAGACGGCCACCGAUGUGUGUCGUCGCUUCAGUGUCCCCAGCUGCCUGCAUGUCCAUGCACUGGGCGUUGAUCCGCAGCUGCGGGGUCGUAAUCUGGGCGGUCGCCUCAUGGAGGCAGUGGCCCAGCGGGGCAGGGAUUUGGGGCACCAGCUCGUAUCCGUCGACUGCACCAGUGUCUACUCCGCCCGAUUGGUCCAGCGCCUGGGCUACCAGCUGAUCAACACGUUGCGGUACGUGGACCACCUGGACGCCAGUGGGCAGCAGGUCAUACGGCCGCCGCCGCCACACGAGAGUGUCCAGACCUUCGUGCUCCAUUUGUAGGCAAAUCUUAUCACCACCAUGCCC